UCUCUCUCUCUCCCUCCCCUUAUAUAUCUCUCUCUUUCUUUCUUUCCUCGGCUAUCUUUCUCGAUGACGUAUGUGGCUACCUCGUGCCUCGACUUUGCGACGAACGAACGAAUGAACGGUUUCUUAAGAUGUAAUAAUACAGUAUGUUAUACGUCGUUGUCGUCGUGUCGCUAAAUAAGAACGACAGAGAUGGAAAGAGUCACGUCUCUCUUUCUCUUUCUCUCUCGUUCCAGCAAACGUUUUGGUGUGUGUCGCGUGUUCCGUUUGUCCUCUAUACCACCAUCGUCGUCGUCAUCGUGUCGGUUGUCGUCGUCGUCGUCGUCGUCGUCGUCGGCGUCGUCGAAGCAGCCACCGCCACCGCCACCACCAUCGCACACUUUUACUCGUGCCAGGCUCCGUUCCGCCGAUCGAAUCCCAGCAGUGUAAUCUCUUUCGAUUGCAUGGCAAAAAGUAGCAACGUAUAGUCAACACCGACGCAUUACGAUGACGUGGGAGAACGAGAGAAAGGAAAAGAUACAGAAAGAGCCGAACGAGGGCCGAGAGAGUGAGUGAGAUGCUUGUCACGAAUAAAGUCAAUGUAGUAGUCGUCUUCUUCGUUCUACUCUUCUUCUUCUUCUUCGUCGUCUUCUUCUUCUUCUUCUUCUUCGUCGUCCUCUCAGAAUGGGAAAGGAGAGACGACGCGAAAUUUUCUGAUCGUGACUGACCUUACACUUAUCGUCAUUGUAGUUUUUCGUCCUCAUCGUCCUCGUACAUGUGAACUUUCUCACGGAAAAGAGAGUUUACCGAAGAGAAAAAGAAAGCAAGUUUCUAACUUGUCAACGUCAUCAUCGUCAUCAUCAUCAUCGUCAUCGUCAUCGUUAUCAUCGUCAUCGAUGAAUUCGUCGAGGACGGUGCACCACUACUUCAUUAUUUCUAUUCAACUUCGAAGAUCCUCCAUCUUGUUCCUCAACUUAUUCGAAGAAUCGUGAUCGUUGGAAUAUAUACGAAUAUGAUGCAUCCUUACGAUUUUAUUGGACGAACGAAUCCUACUUUUCUUGGACAAGGAUAGCGUAGAAACGGAUGCGAAAAGUUAUUCUUGAGGAACUCAAGUGUCUAUUCAGAGAUAACAGGGAAUGUGUGACAUGUUCAUCCAAACACAGCAGACGAGUAGCGUCAACGGCAGCAGCAGCAGCAGCAGCAGCAGCAGUAACAACACCGCUCACCAUCAUAGCAAGAAACGCAAGUUGGAGUACAACGUGAGCCAGCCGGUGAUCCAGCACGGAUUGGUCCAAUCGACCGGCGACUACCAAUUGGACAAUACCGGACUGCAACAGCGGUACUCCGUGAACGGUGCUAAUACCGCAUUUAGCUCGCUGCACAACAAUAAUGCGCUGCAGAAGAGUAGCCCGAACCAGCAGACCCUGGUACGAGCCUCGACGAUCAAGCUCCUAGACACCUACCAACGCUGUGGCCAGAAGAGAAAAACUUGGUCGAGGGAGGGUAAUGGUGACGCCCUGGCAGUCCACUCCGCCAACGCGACGAACGCAGUGGGUAGUACUAUAGUGCCGCAGCAUUAUAACCAACAGCAACAGCUGCAGCAACAACAACAGCAGCAGCAGCAACAACAACAACAACAGCAACAGCAGCAACAACAGCAGCAGCAACAGCAGCAGCAGCAGCAACAACAACAGCAACAACAGCAGCAGCAGCAACAACAGCAACAACAACAGCAACAUAAGCAAGCAGGGAUGACAGCUCAUAGCAAACAAGUUGCAAAUGCGGCCAAUGGGGGUGGCGGUGGUGGUGGAGGUGGUGGUGGCGGUGGCGGAGGUGGAAGUAAUCCUCAGGGGGAUGGUGAUUAUCAUUUGGUCCAACACGAAGUUUUAUACUCUAUGACCAAUCAGUAUGAAGUUCUUGAAUUUUUGGGCAGGGGUACGUUCGGCCAGGUUGUAAAAUGUUGGAAAAAGGGUACCAAUGAAAUAGUAGCCAUCAAAAUUCUUAAAAACCAUCCCUCGUAUGCGCGCCAAGGGCAGAUUGAGGUCUCCAUCCUGUCACGACUAAGUCAGGAAAACGCGGAUGAGUUCAACUUUGUGCGCGCUUAUGAAUGCUUUCAGCAUAAAUCACACACCUGUUUGGUGUUUGAGAUGUUGGAACAAAAUCUUUAUGACUUUUUAAAGCAAAAUAAAUUCUCACCGCUACCUCUUAAAUUUAUCAGGCCGAUACUACAACAGGUUUUAACUGCUUUAUUAAAGCUCAAGCAAUUGGGCCUUAUACAUGCGGAUCUUAAGCCAGAAAACAUCAUGUUAGUGGAUCCCUCACGUCAACCAUAUCGAGUGAAAGUCAUAGAUUUUGGUUCGGCCUCUCACGUAUCAAAAGCAGUCUGCAAUACUUAUUUACAAUCGCGAUACUAUCGUGCACCAGAAAUUAUUCUUGGACUUCCUUAUUGUGAAGCGAUAGAUAUGUGGUCGCUCGGAUGUGUCGUAGCAGAAUUGUUUUUGGGAUGGCCCUUGUAUCCGGGCAGCUCGGAGUACGAUCAGAUUCGAUAUAUAAGUCAAACUCAGGGCCUACCGACGGAACAUAUGUUAAAUAAUGCUAGUAAAACGACAAAAUUUUUUUAUCGAGACAUGGACAGUACGCAUCCGUUUUGGCGAUUAAAGACACCGGAGGAACACGAAGCAGAAACUGGAAUUAAAUCAAAAGAAGCUAGAAAAUAUAUUUUUAAUUGUCUCGACGAUAUUGGCCAAGUUAAUGUACCGACUGAUUUAGAUGGUGGUCAGCUUUUACCUGAAAAGGCAGAUAGGAGAGAGUUCAUUGACCUCUUGAAGAGGAUGCUCACCAUGGACCAGGUAGAGCGCCGAAUAACACCUGGAGAGGCUUUGAACCACGCUUUCGUUACCCUGGCACAUUUAGUCGAUUAUGCGCAUUAUAACAGUGUCAAGGCUUCCGUCCAAAUGAUGGAGGUUUGCAGAAGAGCUGGCGAUUUUACUGCAAGUCCUGCUCACCAUCAAGCACCACCUGCUCCGCAACCACCCCCGCCUACAUCUUUAGUAGCUAAUUUUGUACCAACGACGAAUGGUAGUGCAGUUACUCUUACUUUUAACAAUCAACUGACCAAUCAAGUGCAACGUUUAGUUAGAGAACAUCGCACUGCUCCAACGGGCUAUGACAAUCUGUAUCAAAUCUAUAGUAACAGCAGUCGUCGAGCAACACAAUACAGUGGUUCUUCUAGUGGUUCGAAUAGUGGUCGAAGUGCGGUGCAUGAUUUUUCACAUCAAUUAGUACCUGGUAUAUUAUGUCCUCCUCCUGGUUAUCAAACGAUGCCAAGUCCAGCUAAACACGUAGUCGUUGCUCAGCCACCGCAGGCUCAACAAGGUCCACUUCAAAUUCAACCGUCGAUCAUAUCGCAGCAAGCUGUUGCGGCAGCUGCGGUAGCCGCUCAACAACAGUAUGCAGCAGUUCCUGUGUCUAUGGUAGAAACUGGACGACAAAUGUUACUCACUAAUGCCGUGCAAACAUCAUGGCCUGGUGGAAGUCGACAAAUGGCUGCAAUUGUACCAUCUUGGCAACAGUUACCACCGCAACACGCAGCCAUUCAACAACCAUUAUUGAGUGAUGCUGGAGAUUGGGGAAGACCACUUAUCGUUGAUAGUUCUGCCAUAUUACAGGAUCAGCGGCCAGUGUUUCCUGUCACGGAAGUUUAUAACACUAGUGCUCUCGUUGAACAUCCUCCGCAAGGUUGGGGCAAACGUAGUGUAACGAAACAUCAUCAACAUCACGUGACCGUACCUCAGCAAAGUCAACACAGGCAUGAACAUAAAAAAGAAACUCAACAGUUGAGUCCAGUGAAAAAGAGAGUGAAGGAGAGUACACCACCGAGUAGUAUGAGACGACAUUCGCCUUCGAGUGGACAUUGGCAACAACAACCAAUUCAAUCUCAUCAUCACAGCAGCAAACACAGUAGUAGUCACAAUGUAGAACAUCAACAAGUUGCAUCCGUCCGGCAACAAACUAUAACGAUAUACGAUACCCCAUCUCCGGCUGUUUCUGUUAUUACUAUCAGUGACAGCGAAGAUGAAUCACCAGGGAAAUGCUGUGGCGAUCGUCAAUGCGGAGCCUGUCAAAGUUUGGCAACUCGCCUGUCUGGCGACGGACGUCCUGUCCGUGAGGAGGUCAUUCGAAGUACACAAUCUACACCAAGAGUUGUACCAACGAUGCAGCAAGCUCAUUCGAGUACGCAAGCUCACACAAGUUCUCAUACGACCUCACAAAGCUCGUCACAAAGAGCUCAAAGAAAGAAUGUUAUUAGCUGUGUUACGGUUGGUGAUAGCGAUGGCGAAGUUAGUCCAGGCAGAGCUCAUGCUCAUUUAUAUCAACAAGUACCACAACAUCCGCAACAUCAACAAACUACCACUCAACAUAUUAAACAUGAGCCUCAGCAACAACAUCACGUUAGCAGCAGUAGUUCUGGCUAUUCCUCUCAGUCACAAAAGAAGCGAUUAUUGGCUAAGGUACAAUCCGAGUGCAAUAUGGUGAACGUUACAACUAAGUCUGAACCUGGCGUUGAGUAUGUCGCUCCACAUCCAUGUCACGCGCCAGCUUGCAAAGAGCCACCGACCUAUCAGGAUGACGCCUAUGACAUGCAUGACUACUUCUUGCAGUAUGUGACCACAAGUAGCGCUCAUCCUCAUCUCCAAGAGCAACACAUCGUUUACACGACUGGUACAGACAAGCGAGUCUCUUGGCCUGGAAAACGAGCAGAGUAUAAACACGAGUACGUUCAACCUCCAGCAGCUCAUUCGAGAGAUCAUCAAAAGUGGGCAGUAGCAAACCCUGUACAUCAAUAUAGGCAGAGCCAGGUGGUAGGCUCGGCAGCCCAUCCGGGUCAUACCCACAGCCACCAUGGGCAUCCAGUCCAUCUGAGUCCUGGGGGUGGUGGUGGAGGCAGAAGCCCCACAGGCGGACCUGUGAUAGGGGGUGCCCAGCAUCUGGGACAACCUCUCUACCAGGAGUACGCUCAUGUGCGUUCAAGAGCACAUGCUGUGCCACCCCCUGUAUAUGUUACUGCUGCGCCUUCUCAGGCUCCUACUGCUAUCCAGCAGCAACAAGUGCCCACCUUUCAGGGAUUCACACCCGGGUGGGUACCUAGACACCUAGUUGAUGCAUGCAUCUCGUCUCCAUUAACGUUGUAUGAUUCUAGUCGUGCGUUGCCACCACCAGCUCAUCACAGCUCAGCCAGACCAUUACUGGCAAGCCAUGCAGCGCAUCCUCUACCAGCACAUAUGCAACCUACUGCUGUUUAUGGAUUGGCUCCACUUUCACCAGCUAAACACCAGUAUCAACCGUCUGGUUUGUGGUUUACGGAAUAAAUAAUAUUCCUAUAUCUGGUUUAUAUUGAAGAGUUUUAAAGUGCAUUCUCUAAUUGUUAGUUUAAACUCUUCUACCCCCUUUAUUUCUUUUUCUGUUUCCUGAGAAACUUACGAUCUUUCUUUUCCUCUCGUUUAUCGAUGUACAACACAAUGAGAAAUUCUUAUAUGAAAUGAAAAAGGACGUAUUGCUAUAUCUUAUAUAUAUAUAUAUAUGUAUAUAUAUCGAUAUAAGAUAUUUAUCAAAAGACUCAAGUUUCGUCUGCGUGUCUUUCUCUAUCUCUAUCUCUUUUUCAAAAAUUCUCCUUUAAUGGCUGUUAUUUGUAUUAACCGAAGAGAACAAUCAAGUUGUAUUAAUAUAUCUUUGAAAGGAGACUUUGAGAAAAAUUGCUAAGUUAGCUUUUUAGAAGAGACGAUCUUUUGAAAUAUUGAAAAUUAUCAAUCCGUCCUUGAUCAGCAUCGGCUCUGUUCCUUAAUUGUACAGAAAAAAAAAAAAGAAAGGAAAGAAAAAAAAAACACAAUUGAGUUUGUAACAGUGACGAUGCGUAACAAUAGUUUCAUAGAAAAUAGAUCUCACGACUUUACUACUUUUUAUUUAUUAUUCUUUGUUAAUUUUUAAUCGUAGAAAAAAAGAAAAGUAAUGUCCUUUUUCAAUUCUUACGACUCGUAGAAAAAAUUGUAAAAAAAAAAAAAAAAAAGAUUUACAAAUCGUGUGUAGUUUAGAUUACUAUUCUGCACGCUUUACGAUUACAUCACGGUAUAUAUAUAUGUAUAUAUAUAUGUGUGUAUAUAUAUAUAUGUAUAUAUAUAUAUAUAUAUGUUGCUAUUCUUAUUAAAAUUAACAAAGAUUUGUAAUAAUGUACGACACACUCUGUAGUGUGUAUGUGUGUGUGUGUGUGUAUAUCUCUUUGUGUGUGUUAACUGAUCCAUGUUAUUUUUAUCGUAAGUUUCCAGAAACAUAAAAAGAAUAUAGAAUAGAUUACAAAGAAGGGGGUAGGAGAAGGUAAAACUCGUAAAUAUUUGGCAAGACCAAUUCUCUGCGUUUCAAUUAUUAUCAAUUUUCUCUUUUUUUUUUUUCUUUUUUUUUUUUUUUUA